GUGAAGGAGACGCGGACGACCACCGAAGCGCCGAGGGGGGAGCCCGUCGCCGGCGAAGCCUCCUUUUCCCGCCCUUUUCCAGCCCAUGGUGCGCUCGGCGAGGCGCUCAGGGGCUUUGAUUUCCCUCAGACGCUGACAGGUCCAAAGACUCAAACGAUAACAUGGACUGGGGAACGCUACAGGGCAUUUUAGGAGGUGUAAACCAACAUUCUACCAGUAUUGGAAAGAUUUGGUUGACUGUCCUGUUCAUCUUCCGUAUUAUGAUCCUUGUUGUUGCAGCGGAGGAAGUCUGGGGUGAUGAGCAAGAUGAUUUUGUGUGCAAUACACUGCAACCAGGAUGCAAAAAUGUCUGCUAUGAUCAUUUUUUCCCCAUUUCCCACAUCAGACUCUGGGCCCUCCAGCUCAUCUUUGUCUCCACCCCUGCACUCUUGGUGGCAAUGCAUGUCGCAUACAGGCGGCACGAAAGGAAAAAGAAGUUCCGAAAGGGAGAUAAAAGCUGUGAAUAUAAGGACAUAGAAGAAAUAAAGAAACAGAAAUUUCACAUCGAAGGUCCCUUGUGGUGGACAUACACUACCAGCAUCUUGUUCAGACUGAUUUUCGAAGCUUCUUUCAUGUAUGUGUUUUACUAUAUGUAUCAGGGAUAUCACAUGCCUCGGCUAUUGAAAUGCAGCGCCUGGCCGUGUCCCAAUGUAGUGGACUGCUUUGUUUCACGUCCCACUGAAAAGACCGUCUUUACCAUUUUCAUGAUUUCAGUGUCUGGCAUUUGCAUUCUGCUGAAUGUGGCCGAGCUCUCCUAUUUGCUGCUGAAGGUUUGUGCCAGAAGGUCCAGAAGACCAGGGAAACCAAAAAAUCACACUAACCAUGAGAACAAAGAAGAAAGCAAACAAAACGAAAUGAAUGAGCUUAUAUCUGACAGCUGCCAGAACACAGUAACAGGAUUUCCAAGCAGCUAAGGUGGCCACAAGCCUAACAUGCGAUGCAUACAAAAUAAAUGAAUAGCCACAUGCAUAGUUGUCUGUGAAUUUGGUUAGAUUUAACUAAGCACUAAAUUAAGUGGGAAAACAUGAGUAUUACAACAUGUUGGAAUUAGGCACGUGGUGUCACGUUUUUUAAAGGUCAAUAACAACAUAGGAAUGUAAAGAGUAUUGGAAAUUAAAGAGAUUACAUCGUAUUAUGCAUAUCUGUACCAAGUCAGCUUUGAUUUCAUUAGAAAGUAAUACUUGUUAGUAACUUCUUGCUGAGACUCAUCCUAAAGCCAAAGGGAAAGGAAUAGCUGCCUUCCAGACUAGAUACUAUUAGUAUUAUGAGACACUUUACUACUGUGGUAGCAGUUUUAAUUGUGAGCUUGCAUCUAAAUUAAAGUAUUUUUAUAUGGUCUGAUAUUCCAUGUUCCUUGGUAUUAACAUGUAUGAAUGAGUAGCGUCUCUUUUUAAUAUUUUGUUGAAAGCUAGCAUGACGGCCAAUGUAUUCAUGCUGCUUGAAGUGAAUCAUUUCUAAGCAUAUGACUACAUGCUGUAAAUAAUUCUAUGAAUACUCUAUUUUACAUACUACCAGUUUUGAAAUUAUUUGUACUAUAAUCCAUGAAUGAUAGUCAUAUCUGAAUAACAAAAAACACUGGUUUCAUACGCUAAAGAAGAUUUCAAGGAGUAUUGUUUUUUUUAAAUAAAUGAAAACCUGCAGACUGGAAAUGACAGUAGUAGGGAAAGGGAGGUUAACUGGCUGAAAAUAAUGUGAAGAAAUUUCUCUCAACCAGUAUGAGCAAAUUUUUAGAACAAAGUGUUUCAAAUAAAGGAAAAAUAUAUAU